CCUUUGACAAAGGCAGCGAGCCUGUCAGGAGCAGGUAAACAAACCUUCCAGAUUGGGAAGGAGAGCCCUACAGAGAGUCUACGCUUUUCUACUGUGUUGCAUUUAGCAAUGGCGAGUAGGCUGACAGUUGGAAGAUGAAGGCGUCCGCUGACACAAGUGCACUAAGAAUCAUUUUAUAAUCGUGGCCGAACGCCGAAAGGUCGACGUAAGACAAAAAAAGGACGGACGGACGGAAAAAUAGUUUUUACCAGCGGAGGCAAAGAAAUAUCUGCACACGAUGCAUUGCAACACUGCAGAGAAAAUGGGUGUUUUAAAUCAUAAUUUGACACAAGAGUGUGCCAUCAGGGAUGUCGGUUGGCUUCUUUAGCAACCGUUGGCUUUAAGACUCCACACUGGCUUCGCCUUCGGAGGAGCAUCUCGUGGGGUGCAACAUGGGACCCAUCAUGCAGGAACGCACAGCAUCCACGACACUUAAACGCGUCGUUUCCAAAGAGAAAAUCCGGGUUAAGAAUACCGAAAACAGCGGGCCAGUGACGAGUUCUAAGAAAAGUAACAAAACAAAAAAACCUGUGGUGGGACAGCUGAAAAAUGGGCUGCCAGGACCUGACCAGGAUAAGGACACAGUGACAGCAAUGCAGAGGGGUGCUCAAUCUAAAGGUGGAAAACUUAAGUCUGUUAGUACAAAGAACACAAGCAAAGUCUCCAGUCCUGAGGAAGAUGGCGAUUUGAGACCCCUACAUCGGAAACACCUGUCUGCACAGAGAAAAGAGGACAAACGAGACAUCCAACGACCGUCACAAUGCAGCAUUGAGCUACCACAGAAUCGCCAGGGGGUGGGGAAAAAUCGGCGCGCGCUAUCUCUUCCCCUUUCCCCAAUAUCAGGGCUACGUCAAUCACCAGCUCUACUUCUGUCACACUCCCUGGCCCCGACCCCAGAGUCCCUGCAGCACUACAUCCAUAAAGAGGAAGACACUGACAGUGCCAGUGAUCUGUCAGAUUCUGAAAGGCUGCCUGUUCUACCCUCUCCAUGCACCCCCUGCACACCUCCACACCUUAACCUCCGGGCGGAAAUCAUCAACAUUGAUGACUUCCCCCCAGACUUCCCAGGGCCCCAUGGAACAGUGGAGGAUGAUGAUGAAGAUGAGAUCGAGAAACCGAAGUACAGUUAUCCAGAUUUCCUGCCACCUCCCUUCAACAGCUGGAGUCUGAGACAGCUGGCAGUGUUUCUUCACACCGAAGGUCGCGGUGCCCCCCGGCCGAAGCCUGUGGGACCGUUGGAGAAGUACCUGGAGAGGUUGCUGCAGCUAGAGUGGCUCCAGGUUCAAACAGUGCAAGCAGAGAGCAGCCGUCCUCCUGGGAGCCGCACAAGACCACAAAGCUUCCCCUCUGCUGCUGCAGCUAACCCAUCCAGGCCUCACACAGCCCCAUCAUCCCGUCUAAACUCCCCCAAGGGCAUGAGGCCCAGCCAGAGAGCUUUCCCCUACACGCCAGUCAACAACCCCCCAUCGCCUGCUUCGGCUCAGCACCAACUUUCACGCUUUCCUGUUUGUCCACACUGUCACAUCCGCUAUCCCUUGUGCAAUGGAAGCUGCUCAUCCUAUGCUUACCAGCGGCACUCGCGACUAAGCCCACUGUUUGAACGCAGAGCACGGCCUGGCACCGCAGCAAAGAGAAGCAGCAGCGAGACCAGAGCGUCGUCGACCGAAGGUAGGAGCCCCGGAGGACAGAGUGGAGGAGGGGCUCAGACCCCGGUUAGCCCCUCAGCUGGGAAGAGUCAUCUUAAACAAAUGCAAGCUGCAGGCAAUGUCCGCAAGCACACCCAGGAAGGCGGCACACACCAGAACGGCAAAAGUCAGAUGAGGAAAAGCCGUGUCAGAGCCAACUCGGAGACGGAUGUCAAAAAUCAAGCUGGGGGAAUUAAAACACCUGUUACACCAGUUGCAGAGAAACGGGGUUUUGCUGCAAGUAAGAGAGAGUUGGUGGCAUCUAAAAGGGAAGAGAAGGACUGGCAGAGGAUCGAGGCAAGAGGUCAGGCCUCUAAAGCUGCCAUUAAAAAAGCUGCUAAAGAGCCAGCGUCUUUGUCCAAAGCUCCGCUUAAUAAUAAGCAGAAUGGCAAAACAAAAAAUGUGCACUUUGUUGCAAAGUAACCCUCA